AUGUUACAAACUGACGUCAUCUUUGGUAUUUUCUUCAUAUCUGAAUGUUUCGUUGGGUUCAUUGGGAACUCCUUGCUCUUCAUAUUAUACAUGUACAUCUUCUUAACCCAACCUCAUCUGAAGAAGCCCAUAGAUGUAAUUUUCAUAUACCUCACUCUGUUCAAUUUUUUAACCAUCAUGAUCAAGCUCAUUACAAAUAUCACAUUGUUCUUUGGAGGAAGACUUUUUUUGGAUGACAUUGGUUGUAAAGCCAUUUGGUACACAUACAGAGUUACCCGGGGUCUUUCCACCUGCACAACUGUACUGCUGAGUGUAUUUCAAGCCAUCACUGUCAGUUCUACUAAUGCUAAGUGGGCCUGGCUUAAACCUAAACUAACUAGCUGCAUUUCUCCCUCCUUCCUUUUCUUCUGGAUCACCAACUUUCUAAUAACUAUCCAAACCAUCCUAUUGACACGAGCCAAUAGCAAUUCCACUGCUCAUCUUUAUGGGUUUUCUCAAACUUCCUGUCAAAUUCAACAGUUGGGACACAGCCAUUCAAUAGCAUUGACAAAUAUCGUGGUGAUUCGAGAUGUGCUCUUUGUGGCCCUCAUGAUGUGCACCAGCCUUUACAUGGUUCAGCUCCUCUACAGACACCACAGGAGAGCCCAGCAUGUCCACAGCCCUAGCCUCUCCUCCCAAUCAUCUCCUGAAAACAGAGCCACUCACACCAUCCUUUUGCUACUGAGUUCCUUUGUGUUCUUUUAUUUUUUACACAAUGUUAUUGCCUUGUAUAGGUUUCAUAGACCUGAAGAAAACCCACAUUUGGAGAAAGUUAUUGGAAUUCUUUCCUUAUGCUAUCCAACCAUCUGCCCUUUUGUACUGAUGAAAAAUAAUAAACUUACUUCCAAAUUUAUUUCUUCUUUAUCAGAGAUGGAAUUUACUUUUUCUCAGGUUAAUCUGACAUAA